AGAGGCAGUCCUCUGUAAACUCCCACACAGGGUUGAAACGUCAUAUGCCAGUAUGACUAUUAGCACAGAUGUACACACUUCAAAGUUCGGCAGUCAAAGAAGAGGAACAGAGAAACAAGAUGUUUAGAGCCAACGACGAAACUGCUUGCAUGACUACCGCCUUCCAAGAAAGCCUUCAGUUUCUGAAGUUGAAGAAUAAGUAAACGGAAACAAGGAUUACAUAUUAUAUUCCUUUUUUAUUUCUUUUUAACCACUUGGGAUUUUACUCUUUGAAUUGACGUGGCCACAAGCACUGGACAGCAAUAUGUGUCAUGUCAUUGUUACUUGUCGCUCAAUGUUGUGGACCCUCUUGAGUAUCGUGGUGGCAUUUGCAGAGCUCAUAGCCUUCAUGAGUGCGGAUUGGCUGAUUGGCAAGGCCCAACCUGGAAGUUUUCAGGACACAGACAGCAGGAGGGCAGGAUCAGUGGAUCCCUAUCGUCCAACCUUGGGGAUCUAUGGACGUUGCACCAGAAUUGAGCACCACCACCAGUCUUCCAUGCCUGAUACAUCUUGUGGCCCCUAUGCAGAUAACUUCAGUGAAAUUGCCAGUGGGUUUUGGCAAGCUACUGCUAUUUUUCUUGCUGUAGGGAUCUUGAUACUCUGUGCUGUUGCAUUCGUUUCUGUUUUCACCAUGUGUGUACAGAGUAUUAUGAAAAAAAGUAUUUUUAAUGUCUGUGGGCUGCUACAAGGAAUUGCAGGACUAUUCCUUAUCCUAGGGUUGAUCUUAUACCCUGCUGGUUGGGGUUGUCAGAAGGCAACAAGCUAUUGUGGACCUUAUGCUUCAGCUUAUAAACUUGGUGACUGUUCUUUAGGCUGGGCUUUCUACACGGCUAUUGGUGGCACAGUCCUGACCUUCAUCUGUGCAGUCUUCUCUGCCCAAGCCGAAAUCGCCACUUCCAGCGACAAAGUCCAAGAGGAAAUUGAAGAGGGGAAAAGCCUGAUUUGCCUCCUAUAACGCACUCUUCUCCAAACAAUUUUUUUUCCCUUAUCUCAAAAAUAAUGGAUUUGAAGUAGCUACUUGGACUCUUACAGGAAGAAUGAAGACAUGCAAGUGUUCCAAUAGUCCAACAGCAUAGAAGGUUGAAAGGCACUGAAGUCUACAGACAGUAUUAAAAAAUGUGAAGUAGUGAGAAUUCUGACACAUGGAUAUGAAGGAAUGCCACAAAGCAAACCUGUUGGCUUUCCAAUUACUCUGGAAACAAUUAUUUCUAUUUUGUCUUCACCAAGAUGAAUGAUUAUGAAGGAAUUUUUUGAAGAAUAACUUGAAAUAUGUCAGGUUGUUUUCAGUACGUACAUUUUAAGACAACAUAAUCAGGCUCCAGUGUCAAAAUGGCAAACACUACCCUAUUAAAUUACUCCAUAGCACCUUUUCAGAAAGCAGGUCAUGAAUAUUAAAAACACAUAGUAUUCUGGGUUGUAUGCAGUGGCACAUGGAAAGAAUGUCUUAAUAAAAAAGCAAGGCUUCCAGGUGAAACUAGUGAAUACAAUUUUCUUUAUGCAAUACUUUAGACACACUGCUCAAUACAUACCUGAAGCAUGGAACUAUAACAAUUUAUGUGGGUAGCUCUGAGAACAUAAGCUAAAUUACUUUUAUUUUCAUUACACAGAUAAAUAGUUCCAUUAUUUGAUUAGUUAAUCUGGGUAGAUACGUAUGUAUAGCUAUGGGGAAAGUUUAGACUCUUGUAUAUCUAAUACUGAACUCAAGAUUUGUCUUCCAAAGGUGUGGGCAUCCUCCGCUAUUGGUCCAGUUGUAACCAACAUCACUACUGGCCCUUUCCAAGUACUACCAGUUGCCUAUAAGUCCAUUUCAAGUACAACUGGCCAUUGUGCUCAUCUAACAACAGAUACCAUGUGCCUAAAUUGUGACCAUAUGUUACUGAAUGCCUUUGGGACUUUUUUAAUUGCAUCUAUAAGUUAAGUGUAUUGAUAGAUUUUUUUUUUCCAAAAAUGAGCCUUUUGCAUUAGUCAAAUAUGUAAAAAUGUUCUGAGAACGCAAUGUACUGCACUGCAGUGAUGGCUGUAGAAAGAAAAAUGAUGGGAGAACUAAUGCCUAACAUCCAGAUCCUCAAUUUUUAGAUUAGCCUUAUUAACACUGAUAUUUAAUGUAUCUUUUGAUAGACAGAAAUAAUACAUUGUAGUCUUAAGUUGCCAGGAUGAAAUAAGCAGACUCUGAAUAGUAACUUAUUUCUAGCAAUAUCUUCUAAAAUUAAAAUUUGAAUCUUCAGUGAUGAGGAAUGUACUGUACUGUCUAACUCAGGAUUUUUGUGAAUAGCCACUUCUUUAACCACUGCUAUAAGUAUUCCAAGGAGGCGUUUGUGAAUUAACUGUGUACCUGCAUGUUUUACAAUCUUGUUAAUUCAUUGAGCACCAACAUUGUUCAUGAGGGCUUAAUCAAGCCCAAAUUGCUUUUGCAGUAUUGCUGUCAUAAUACCCCUUGUUCAGAACAUGUUUCUCUCACGAUAGAACCAUGAAAAGGAGACUGAACUGUUCACAUUUAAAAUAGUUGAAUACUGAAAUUUGCUAAAGAAUUAUGUAGACUGAUCUGCAAUCUGAUUAUAAAGUAUGGUAAUAAGUGUGGACCCCAGUAUGGGUCCAAAACCAUCUUGCCUAUUCUGGCAGAUUAACUUUCCUAGUUUCAAGUGUAAAAUGAUAGGAUAUAAGCCAAAUUGUGGCCUGAUACUUUUUACAACCAGGUGCUUGAGAAAGCCUUGCUGAUCAGCAAUCCAAAACAGGGUUGGCGGCUGGGCUAUUAGUUAACUCUAAUAAAUUAAGUUCUAGUAUAAAAUUCCAUUCGGAGCAGAAGAAAUAUCUAUGCUGGAGUAAUAUGUAAUUUAUUUUCUCAUUGGUACUAUAACAUUUUUGUGUUGUAGAAAUUAAUUACUAAGAUUGGACUAGAGUCAAAAAUUUCAAGAGUACUUUUUAGUGUCAUUAAAGAUACAGGGCUAUUCGUAUGUAUGUAUGUAUGUAUGUAUGUAUGCAUGCAUGCAUGCAUGCAUGCAUGCAUACCCCACACACACAUACACAAAUGUACCAUGGUUUAUAGAGUAAAAUUUAAUUUGAUACUGCCGCCACAUGAAUGUUGUUACAUGGGUAAUCGUUGUUUUAACUAUGAUACUUGGGAUUGGUAACUGUCACUAAGUGAUGCAGACAUAAAGUGUAAAUGACACAUUUUACAAGAGCAGUUCCAGUUGCCAUCAAUAAGUAGUUAAGCACAAUGUCAUGUGAUCACCAUUUGCCACCUCCUCCCGGUUUCUCUGUUGACUCCGCUUGUGAAGGUCGCAAACGGCAACCACAUGACCGUGGGACUCUGCAACCAUAGUAAUUCCAAGCUGGGUGACAAGUGCCUAAAUCACAAAUGUGACCUCAUGGAUAUUGCCACAGCCACAACUGUGAGGUAGUAAGUCUCCUUGUCCAGUGCUGCCAUAACUUUGAACAGUCACCAAAUGAAUGGCCAUUAGUCAAGGACUAUCUGUAAUUACUGUGACUAAGAUCAAGUGUACAGAUACUUCUGUCUAAACGUGCACAUGACUGACAAGGCACUCUUGAUUAAAAAUGCAUGACCAGCUCUUUAAUGUUUUAAAUUUCUGCAUCCUGAAAAGGCACUUUGGAAAUUAGUUGAGAAUAGCAGUUAAAGGAGAAUACAUAUUGGCCUCCUGAUAUGAAAAUAUUUUUUUUACAUUUUUCAUUUUCAUUGCCUUUCUCUUUUGCUUUUGCACAAUCUCAAAAUGAUUUUGGAAUAGAAAAGUUUGAAACAGUUCAGCGGUUUUAUAGCGCAUUUUAAAAAUUAAACUCUGGGACAAUAUUCUCACGUUUCCUUCUUUGAAUUGGCACCAAAGAAAAUCUUAUCAGAUAUUUUGAACAAACAGCUUUUACAAGACAAUAGAAGAAGUGAUACUUCAGAUUAUACAGAACAUUUAUUUUUUUAAAGAAAAGGUACUAAUCCCAACAAUACAUUAUUCUGCAUACAUCCCUUCAAGCAUCUCCAAUUUCUUUUUCCAAUCCAGGUUCAAAAUCUGUAUACUGAUCUCAUACAAUGCAUACCAGUUCUCCAACAUUUAAUUGAUUAAAAAUCACUCAAGAUAUUGAUUGUUCAGCAAAUUUAAAUAAAAAAUAAGUUCCAAUAGAAGACAGCAGGCUGCAUAUAAGCAAACAUUAUUUUAUACAGGC